AAGGUGGGAGUUUCUCGUGUUUCUUGGCUGUUGCGAGACAAAAACACACUCGCCAGCAUCCCUUCAAUGACGCCACCAAACCAGCGAGCUUUUUCAGGUAUGGUCCAGUGCUGAUGGCUGACCCUGCACUAUUCGUGUCCACAGCGCCCCCUGUGGAAGGGAGGCCAUUAGAGCUGAGCAUACUGGGCCUCUGGGACUCACAUGGGGAUGACAACAGCACGGCUGAGAGAUGCUACCUCUCACACUCCAGCAGCAGUGUACUACAGGGUCUGCCCUUUGGCGGGGUGCCCACUGUCUUGGCCAUCAAUGUGGUCAUGUGGAUGUUCCUUUUGCUCAUCUUCUCCUGUCUGAGGAAGGCAUCUUGGGAUUAUGGUCGUCUGGCUCUGUUGAUGGACAACGAUAGCCUUACGUCUCUGUUCUAUGGAGAACCAAGUGAGAAAGAGAAGUCUCCGUCGGAGUCCAGCCCUUCGGACUCAGAGACAAAGGACAUGUAUCGUGGCCGUUCUGAUGAUCAACAUAUACAUGGUUUUUGCUCAUGGCUGAAAUCUGUUUUCCAUAUGAAGGACGAGGAGAUCCGUAGCAAAUGCGGCAUUGACUCCGUUACAUACCUGUCCUUUCAGCGCCAUAUCAUCCUGCUCAUGACCGUGGUGUGCCUGCUGUCACUGGCCGUGAUCCUGCCUAUCAACCUUUCCGGGAAUCUCUUGGGAGACAGUCCUGAGAACUUUGGAAGAACAACACUGGCUAAUGUUAGUGCACAGGACAGCUUCCUGUGGCUGCAUGCCAUAUUUGCAUUAGUUUACUUCCUCAUCACAUUCCUAUGUAUGGCUCACCACUCGAUACGGCUGCAGUACCGAGAAGAUGAGAAGGUAGCAAGAACACUGAUGAUCACGUCCAUACCUCGAGAAAUCUCAGACCCAGGAUUGAUUACAAAACACUUACAUGAGGCCUAUCCCAGCUGCACCGUCACUGAUAUCCGCUUCUGCUUCGAUGUCAACAAACUGAUAAGACUGGACUUAGAGAGGCGCAAGGCCAUGAAAGGCCGGCUGUAUUUUGCCACAAAAUCCCAAAAGGAUGGAAAGUUUAUGAUCAAGACUCAUCCUUGUACACAGAUAUUCUGCUGUGACCUGUGUGGAUUUGAGAAGGUGGAUGCAGAACAAUACUACAGUGAGUUAGAGGAAAAGUGGACGGAUGAGUUCAAUGCUGAGAAGAACCGCAUCUCUAUGAAGAGGCUGGGCAUCGCCUUUGUGACCUUCCGCGAUGAGAGGAUGACUGCUGUAAUUGUAAAGGACUACAGUCGAGUGCGCUGUCGCCGCCAACCCCAGCAGUCCAGCAUCACCACUGUUGUCCAGUCGCUCAAGUGGGGCAUUAGCUACGCACCUGCUCCCAGUGACAUCAUCUGGGAAAACCUGUCAGUCUGUGGAUCUCGCUGGUGGCUUCGGUGCAUCCUCCUCAACAUCCUCCUCUUUUUGCUGCUCUUUUUUCUUACCACUCCCGCCAUAAUCGUCAACACCAUUGAUAAGUUCAACGUCACCAGGCCUGUGGAAAGUCUGCAGAGUCCUGUCAUCACUCAAUUCUUCCCAACCCUCCUGCUUUGGAUGUUUUCAGUACUGCUGCCAUUUGUUGUCUACUACUCAGCCGUCUUCGAGUCCCACUGGACCAGAUCCGGUGAGAACCAGGUCACAAUGCACAAGUGCUUUUUUCUUCUGGUGUUUAUGGUCCUUAUCCUGCCCUCACUUGGUCUGUCCAGUCUGGAUGUGUUCUUCACUUGGCUUUUUGAUGUCAACUUUCUGGAUGAAAAGGAUGUCAAAUUCCAGUGUGUCUUUCUCCCUGACAAUGGCGCGUUCUUUGUGAAUUACGUGAUCACGUCCGGGCUGAUUGGCACCGCCAUGGAGCUACUUCGUAUCCCGGCGCUGACGGUGUAUGGCCUUCGCCUUUGCUUUGCCAAGUCCCAGGCUGAGCGCAUUCAUGUCAAACGGAGCCAGACAUAUGAGUUCCAGUUCGGCCUGGAGUACGCUUGGACCAUGUGUAUCUUUGCAGUCAGCGUGACCUAUAGCAUCACAUGCCCCAUUAUUACACCCUUUGGUUUGCUCUACAUCAUCCUCAAGCACAUGGUGGACCGUUACAACAUUUACUAUGCAUACGUUCCUACCAAGCUCAAUCAGCGUAUCCACAGAGCCGCCAUCCAUCAGGUCAUCUUUGCACCCAUCCUCUGUAUCUUCUGGUUGCUCUUCUUCUCCGUUCUCAGAUUAGGUUCAGUACAUCCCAUUACUCUGUUUACUUUGGUGUCCCUGCUUUCCUCGGUUGCCAUUUCCCUUUUCCGCCUGUGCCUUAAGAAACAACCGGACAAGUCAACAAGCUACCAGAUGUCCACUCAGCCAACAGAGCGAACAUUCACUGAUGCAGACAGGAGUACAGUUUCUUCAACCACAGCUUCAAGUAUGUUUGUGGCAUCCGUCCUGCUGGAGCCAGAGCUCGCGCUGACCCCCAUGCCCUCUCCGGCCCACCACAGCUAUGGCGCCAUGGCCAGCUCCCAGAGUUCAAGCCACGGCCCUGUAGAAGAAGAACAAGAAGAUGAGGCGGGAGAGGAACACCACAUUCAGACCAAUGAGACUCAGCUCCAAGACCCCACUGACACUAACGAUUCCAGCCUGCUCAUGGACAGCCCAGUGGGCCACCAGUAACAUCCAUGUCUACUGAAAGCUGAUUUCCAUGUAAACGUCACCUGAGGUUGUGCCGCUUUUCUCCAUUGGACUUAAGACUUAUAUUUAGCUGCCUCAGGUCUAGGGAGGAAAGCCCACCUAUUCAAAUGGAGAUGGCUGUGACGAGACUACAAGACCAGGAUUCAUGUCAUCACAUUCAGAAUAUGUCUUACACAAACGCCAGUCACUGCACAAUGGAAAUUAUCAACAAACGUAAUCAUGGACUCCAUCUUCCUCUGUGGCUUUUAUUUUCAAAAUGAUUCAUGGGAAACCGUAUAAUAAAUAGAGAGGCUCGGAGGUGAAAAGAUCCCACCAGAGUAGGCGGUGUGAGCAGGCUUGCCCCGCCAGACUGACAGCUGUCUGGGUGAUAUCUGGUUGGUGGUGGCCAGAGCUCGGCGAGGCUGAGGGGGAGGGCAGCGAGUUGCGAAGCCAUCUGCAGUGAGAGAGCUGACAGACGGAGGGUGAAAUGUAACGCAGAUAUGUACUGUAAGAUGUGGACACUCUCCUUAGGCACAAGCAGCGCCUCCCUUCCUGAAGCCUGUCUGACUUAUUUCAUCAUUUAUUUUUGGCAAACGUACUGUGUGUUUGAUGUUGGUGACAUUAUGUUUUGAGUUGCAGUUCUUCACCAUUUGAAUGUGUAUUUGAACUAUAUUUUAUCAUUUGAGCUAAAAAAAAAAAAAAAAAAGCCAAUUUUCAACUUGCUUCUAUUGUUUAAAGUAAUCAUAUUCUGGUGUUUAUGUGAAAUGAAGUAGAGACCUCCUGUGUCACUACUGAAUCCAUUAUGAUUUGCAGAUAACAGGUCCCUUUUGUUUGUGUUAUCACUUUUUUACACAACAUGCCUGCUUCUUUAAUGUUGACAAACAUUUGUUAUUUACUGUGUCCCAAAUCAAAUCCUUUGGAGGUUGCAGAACUGCCCUACAAAUGUGGCCUUCUUUCCAUGUAUUUUGAAAAAUACUACAACCCUUUACUGCCCUCUGUAACCCAAUAUUAUAUUCACGCCAGUGCUCAGUCCAUAUAAAAUCUCACAAAAGGGAAGUACACUCCUCACACCUCUUCACCCCAAGAGGCAUGAAAAUGUGGUAUACUUUUAAGUAGUCAGUGUAUGCAUAGCAGUAUAAAUGCUGCCAGCUUUUGAGACAAUAAUGGUUUUGUUUAGAGCUAUUUUAAGAGGACAUGGAUUCUGUGGAACAAUUGGCCUGAACUACUAACUUUUGCAAAAUACUACAACCCUUUACUGCCCCCUGUAACCCAAGAUUAUCUGACGCUAAAAGUAGUGUCAGAUAAUCUUGAUUUACUGCCCAUCCGAGCACCCCCUGGCAGAAAUGUUGCCAAGUGUGUGAAAGCGUAUUUUGCAAUGACAGGACUCGAGUGUAACACUCAUGACACUUCUCCUGCUCCUGUUAAGUUGUGUAUGAUAGUGUUUAACAAACGCAUACAGUAGAUUACCCCUAUUUGCGGGUGUCAUGUUCCGAGACCACCUGCCAAUACCAAAGGCGAGUAAAAAGGUAUACUUUUGACACUAGUAAAGCCUGGAUUAGGCUGA